UUAAAACUACGUCGACUCGCUUGCUAAUUUGCCUCUUUACGGCCUCCCAGUCUCCAACAUAUAAAACGUCAAACUGCCCAUAAUGCCAUAACUAUUUUCCUCCAAGCUCGCGUUGUCUGAUAUAUAUUGCUCCUCCAAUUCAAUCUCGCAAGGUUCAAGAAAUGGGUGUUGAUCUCUACUCGGAAAGUUCGAAUACUGGUACGAGUCCUAGAAUUUCAUUUUCCCAUGAUUUUUGCCAAUCCGAUGUACUUGUACCUGUUGAAAGCCGUCAUCAUGAUCUUGGAUCAAACUCCUCGGGUUUGAGCUCGAGCAUCGAUUUCGACUUCUGUGUUCAUCGUGAGAGUUUCGGUCAAGAAUCUUAUGCUGCGGACGAGCUUUUCUCCGAUGGGAAAAUUCUUCCCACUGAAAUCAAGAAAAAGAUCACUCCCAUGAAGCAAACGGAUGAUCAGUUCGGCUCUUGUCCUCCAUUGCCACCACCACGAGCUAUCCGUGAAAUUUCAAAGCAAGAGAGCGCCAUGGAAAGCAAGGGUGCAGGCCGUACUGAAGUGAAUCAUGAUCAAAAGCAGAGUUCCAAGUUCUUUUGGCGGUGUACGCGAGUACUAGCAGCUGUGGUAGUGGAUACCGAAGGAUCAGCUUCUGCCCUUUACCACCACUUUUAUCUCGGAGCAACUCAACAGGAUCUGCAGCAAAUCUCAAGCGACCCCCAUUGUCAAAUGAUGCUCAAAAUUCUAAGCAGAAUACUAGUACUUCUCAGAAGCAUGCAUCAAUAAAAGCAUCUCAAUCUUGGGCUUCAAAGGGUUAUCUAAAGAAGCCACCAUUGAAGAAAGGUCAUGGAUUAUGUGCCAAUGCUCAUGUUCCGAUUAGUCCUGCAAUUCUGAAUGUUCCUACAGCAUAUUCAUUUGGCUUUGGUUUAUUCUUCUCCAGUGACAAAGAUCAU